AUGGGCAUGAGAAGUGUAUCCCAUCCCCCAGAUUAUGCUCGGCGUCAAGACGAAGAGCAAACAGGUGUUGAAAUUGCAACUAAAGUCCUUGGGAAAAAUAGCAAACCUGGCCAAGCACCAUUCUACACUGGUGACUCCCCUGGGUUUGGUGCCAUUCUUGACAUAUGCUCGCCCUCCGAGCAGCCUGCGCCGAGGCAUAUUCUCCUUGCUUCUAAAACAGCAGUGUCGUUAUCUCCCGAGGAUAAAGCAUACUUGCAGUACAAAGGAGUCUUCAAUAUGCCCCGUAAGGAAACCUGCGAUGCCCUUUUGCGGGCAUACUUCCAUCACGUGCAUCCCAUUGUGCCGGUGGUUGACGCUACUACGCUCCCGCAUCUUUAUCCCAGUGGAGACAGCCAACAGUACAAUUUGAUACUAUUAUGGAGCAUAUUCUAUGUCGCAGCGAACCAUGUUUCGGCCGAUACUUGGAAAUCAGAGGGCUACUCAUCUAGGAAAGGAAUGAAGGAUUCCAUGUACUCCCGUGCAACGUGCUUGCAUCAUAAUGGAGGAGAAACAGAUCACACUGUCCUCCUUCAAUCAGCACUGCUCUUGGGAUUUUACCACUCAGAAGCUGAUACACACACCCAGCCAUGGUAUUGGCUCGGCGUUGCCAUUAGCCUGUGUCAGACGAUAGGCUUGCAUCGUUGUUCAGCUGCAGUCUGCGCCAAUUCACCUAUACCUGUGCAACAACAGCGCCUUUGGCGUCGUCUUUGGUGGACUUGCUUCUACAGAGACCGCUGGCUAAGUCUCACGAUGGGCCGUCCUCUGAGGAUUAACAUAAACGACUGUAAUACUGCAAUGCCAUCUGCGGAUGACAUGUUGGGUGAUUUUACCGGAUUACCCGAAUCUAUAGUAGCAGCAUAUAUCCCAAAAGACCUGCCACAACUGGCAGAAUAUUGGGUGAUGACGAUCCAACUCACUCAGCUUCUAGGGGACACUCUCACCCUCAGCUAUCAACCCUUUGGGGCACCUUCGUCUCUACAAAAGGUUGAAGCUCUUGAGAACCGUAUCUUACAGUUUCAACUCCCCGAAAGUCAGGAGGCGGGACAGAGCCCACUUGCAACCUUCUACUUAUAUCAUUUGCAGCUUCAUUACCAAGCAUUCAUCAUUACUUUUUAUCGUCCUUUCAUUACAAAGGCACCGGAAGGGCUGCCCGACUCUCGCCAGACCCGAUGGCAAGCCCAUGUUCGACACCAAAUGGACAUGGGCGCGCUCCAGACCAAUGCCGUUCUUGACAGCCUAGUACGCGAGAAACUACUGGGAUUUUCAGGUCCAAUGACACCACCUCUACUAGUCCCAGCAAUGCACGUCCACCUCCUCAACUGCAAAUCCCCUGAUCCCCUUUCCCGCCGUUUGGGCCUCAACAAACUCGAGCUGUGCAUGAUAGUCCUGGAACAGAUGAAAGAUACCCACCCUUCGUCUUCAGUUUUCCGAGGUAUCUUCCUAGAAGCCAUCCGUUAUAUUUUUCCUAGCUAUGUGGCCCAAUCGACCAUCCCCGAGCUGUCUACAUCCGAGUCCUCCAUGCCGCAGGAUAUCACGUUGGACGAUCCUCUGGCAGGAUUCACAAUCGGCGAGGAUGCCAUCGAUGCGCUGAUGGAUGAAGUGUCGAUUUUCAAUUUCUGGGAGUCACUCAACAGUAUGCAGACAUGA